AACACACGUCACGACCUUCUCCGUCGUCCUCUCACACAAACAAAUUACCCGCGUUCCUGUCUGUCUUAACCGGUCUCAACCUACAUGAAGUUUGAGGUCAUUUAAUUUCCCGAACAGUGGAGCAGUUUUAAAUAACAUAGUCAAGUUGCUCAAUAUAUAUUUUUUAGACUAUAUGGAUUUCCCUUUACCUUAAAGCCUAAAUGUGUGUGCGCGCGCUUCUGAGCAUCGACCAGUUAAAAAAAAAACGGAACUAGCAAGUGUUCCUCAAAGAAGCUGACUCUUUAACAUCAGAGUUAAGAUGGCAAAAAGAAAAAAUGUCUCUAAAAUAGUGGUGGCAUGCGAGUGGGCUUCAUGCACUUUCAAGAGUCAAAGCACGGAGGAGUUGAGUGAUCAUAUGUCUCUACAUCUGAAGGAGCAUCUUGGGGACGGAGAUGCCAUGGAGGAGCUGGAGGAUUAUCCGUGUCUGUGGAGGGGCUGUGAGUUCCUGGCGAUGGGAAACCAAAGCGAGCUGAUCGCUCAUGCCCAUUUCCACAUCUUCCACAGCAAGCUGAAAUACAUUGGUGCUCAGCUCCUUGAAUCCCACCCUGAACUGCCUAGCUGUACUCAGGAUCUCCACAGCAGCAGUCUAGUCCCUGAUGUCUCUGAGGGGUUCGUCUGUCAGUGGCAGCACUGUGAUAGUUCCUUUAAUAACCCUGAGUGGUUCUACCGUCAUGUUGACAUGCACACAGACUGCACUGAGCUCCAGCCGCUUCCUGAUCGACAGCAGGCUCUCUUCUGCAGCUGGUCAGGCUGUGAUGCUUUUUUUAAGAUCAAGUACCGUCUACGUGAGCAUCUGCGCAGUCAUACACAGGAGCGGCUGGUCGCUUGCCCCACCUGCGGCUGUAUGUUUUCCAGCAAUACGAAGUUCUUUGACCAUAUCCAGAGACAAGCAGAACCAGAAGAUUCUCUAACAUGUGGACAUUGUGACAAAGCAUUCGCCAACGAGAGGCUGCUGAGAGACCAUGUUCGUCAACAUGUGAAUCAUAUAAAAUGUCCUCUCUGUGACAUGACGUGCACGUCCCUUUCCACCUUGAAGAUCCAUAUCAAAUUCCGUCACUGCGAUGAGAGGCCCUUCCCGUGUGACUUCUGUGAGAGCAGCUUCAAGAACCAGCAUGAUCUGCGGAGACACAUGGAAACUCACAAUGAGGGAGCAGCAUACCACUGCACAGUAGAGGGCUGUGGAUACUCUUCACGCAUGGCCCACACCAUGAGCCAGCACUAUAAACGAGUACACGAGCAGAACGACAUCGCUCCAAGGUAUAAAUGUCACCUUUGUGACAAGACCUUCUCUUGGUGUUACACACUCACCCUCCACCUUCGAAAGAAGCAUCAGCUCAAAUGGCCAUCUGGACAUUCCCGUUUUAGGUACAAGAAGGACGAGGAUGGGUAUCUGCGGCUCAACAUGGUGCGUUAUGAGACUGUAGAGGUCACGGAAGAGUUGAUCAAAAACAUGGCUGUAAAGCGCACCCCUCGCAAGGUCUCUGGUUCAACCAGUCACUCCAGGGAACCCAUGCUGCAUCCCGACAGCGGAAAUAGCACUCCCCAACACUCUUCCUCACCCUCCUCUCCUUCCUCAUCAUCUUCAACUUCAGAGCUCCUGGAGGGAACUGACAGCAGUGGAUUUAAAGGCGAUGAAACAUCUGUGUAUUGUGUGUUGGACACUGUGACUGAGGUCAGUGGGGAUCCAGAAGAAGUGGCCCAACCUGGUGGGCCAUCAGUGGCUGUUAGAGCUCUGGCUGCAGUGGCUAGAGGUCUAGGAAUGGAUGUGGUGUAAUCUCAUAGCUAUCAAAUGCAGUUCUUAUCAGAGAUAACCUGUUUAACCUCCAUAGAUUAAACAUUUUACAUUAGAUCAAUGUUUUAUUAACUUAUAUGCAAAGCUAAAGGCUGAUUUUUUUAAAAGCAUUUUAAAGUUUUUUUUACAUGAUCUCAGGUGUCUAAUAGAUAUUUGCUCUCCAUGUAGCACUAUGGCUGUUUUUU